CCAGCUUCAAUUCACAGCAAAACUGUGAACUUUUUACGGCGCGUACUAUAAUCGAAAAAUUGUAACUUCUGAAACUCAAAGAUUAUGUGUCUGGAUCAAAUCCGAAGCAAUGAAAUUCCAGCUUGCCCCAAAAAGAAUCCGAUCCUAUGGGAAGAAAUUGUGUAAAAAUGGGUUCGAAUUCGGAUCUUGUCCCAGCAACCCCAAGAACUCGAGAUCCAGCUUGGAAACACUGUCGGGUUUAUAAAAAUGGGGAUAAGGUUCAAAUACAGUGUGCUUACUGUGGGAAGAUUUUUAACGGCGGCGGGAUUUACAGAGUGAAAGAGCAUUUGGCCGGCCGGAGAGGUAAUGGCUCGACCUGUUCCAGAGUCGAGCCCGAUGUUCAGAUGGCAAUGCAAGAGUGCUUGAAUGCUUCUUUGAUGAAGGGUAAGAAGAGGAAACGUGCCGAGGAGACAAAGGGAAUUGAUGGCCAUAAUAGUGGUGAAAUUGGCAUUUCUACUGACCUGUUCGAAUUGUCCUUGCCCAGAUCACAAAAGCGGGAUCCUGCUUGGGAGCACUGUGAGAUGUAUAAAGAUGGGGACAAGGUUCGUCUCAAGUGUUUAUACUGUGGCAAGAUCUUUAAAGGUGGUGGGAUUCAUAGGGUUAAAGAACAUUUGGCUGGUCAGAAGGGGAAUGGCUCCACUUGUUUGAGUGUUCAGCCCGAUGUUCGGCUUUCCAUGUUAGAGCAGUUGAAUGAGUCUUUAGUGAAGUGUAAGAAGCAAAGCUCUGUUGACAGGACUCACAAUGCAAGUUGGUUGGAUGUGGAAAUUGAAUUGCUUCCUUUUCCGGAUCCUCAAGAACAGAACGGUUGUUUACUUGGUAGUCAAGAAGAAAGAACGAACGGUAAAUUGCCAGUAACUGUGAUGGCCCCACUUGGUGGUAACCGGUUGGGGUCUUCGAAAGGGAUAAACAAUGAAGUUCAUAUGGCAAUAGCUCGUUUCCUGCUAGAUGCCGGGGUACCCUUUGAUUCUGUAAAUUCGCCUUUUUUCCAGCCCAUGAUUGAUGCAAUUGCUUCCCAAGGUUCCGGGGUUGUGGGACCCACUUACAGUGAACUCAGGAGCCGGGUUUUAAAAGCCUCAGUUCAAGAGCUUAGGGAUGAAAUUGACCGAUGCGCGACCUCAUGGGAAAGAACCGGCUGUUCUCUUUUGGUUGAUGAGUGGACGACAGAAAAUGGCAAACAGUUUAUAAACUUCUCGGUUUACUGUACAGAAAUGACAAUCUUCUUGAGAACCGUGGAUGCGUCUGACAUCAUCAAAUCUGAUGAUGCUCUCUUUGAACUGCUAAAGGAGGUUGUAGAACAAGUCGGCGUUAGAAACUUACUGCAGGUAAUUACCAGCAGUGAAGAGAGAUAUGUUGUUGUUGGUAAAAGACUAACCACAGCUUACCCUAUAAUUUUCUGGACUCCUUGUGCUGCAAAGUGCAUAGAUUCUAUGCUUGAGGAUAUCAAAAGACUUGUAUGGGUAAAUGCAGUUCUUGAAAAGGUUAAAGCUUUAUCAACCUUUAUAUACAAUCACAGUGUUAUUUUGAACAUGAUGAGGCGUUACACUUUAGGAGUUGAUUUAGUCGACUUGGGACUUACCCCCUCAUCAACUGAUUUCUUGACGUUAAAAAGAAUGGUAAAUCUGAAACACAAUUUACAGUCUAUGGUCACUUCAGAGGAAUGGAUGGAAAGCCCUAAACCCAAAGGAGGUGAAGUGUUAGAUUUUAUCACCAGUGAUUCCUUUUGGUCCAAUUGCACCUUAAUUAACCGCUUGACGGGCCCACUCUUGAGACUUUUGAGGGUAAUUGGCUGUGCAAAGAAGCCCACAAUGGGAUAUGUUUAUGCAGGUCUAUACAGAGCUAAAGAAACAAUAAAGAAGGAAUUUUUUGAAGAUUACUUGGUGUACUGGAACAUUAUAGACAAGAGGUGGAAACAACUUAAACACCAUCCUCUUCAUGCUGCUGGAUUUUACCUCAAUCCGGAGUUGUUCUAUAGGACAGAUGAAGUUGUGAGGAAUCAUUUAAGAUCAUCAGUGUAUGAUUGUGUGGAGAGGUUAGUUACAGAUCCUAAAGCUCAAGACAAACUUGUGACAGAAACUACUGCUUACCAAAAUGCAUCUGGAGAUUUCGGACGGGAUAUGGCAGUUCGAGCUAGAGGGACUCUCUUUCCUGGUGAGUGGUGGUCAGCAUUUGGAGGGGGCUGCCCAAAUUUGGUUCACUUUGCCACCAGGAUUCUCAACCAACCAUGUACUUUGAUAAGCGGCAAGCCAAACAGGGUUUAUUUUGAGUGGAUUAACAGAAGAAUGAACAGCAUAGAGCACGCCAGGCUCAACGACCUUGUCUUUCUACGGUCUAAUUUGCGCAUGAGGGGACAAAUGAAGAGAGGAGAGAACCACCAGUGGGACCCCAUUGCAUAUGAAAACAUAGCUCUUGCUGAGGACUGGGUUUCUGGUAAGGGGUUAUACUCGGAUGACUUGGGUCGUUCGGAUUGGGCUGCCGUCGAUCCACCUAUAGGCAAUGGGCUGCUCUCCGGGCCUGCAAUUGACGACGAAGAUCCAUCGGGUUCAGGUUUCAAUGAUUGUGAGAUUUGGGAUUUCUGAUGGGCUGAAAAUUUGCAAAGAAGAAAAAGUUGAAGGGGCAUUUUUUCUGCAAAAAUGGGUCUAACAGGAAACUAACUUAGGCAAAUUCGUAUGUGCUGCAAAUAAGAAUUAUGAACCUUGUUAUAUAUGCAUAAUAUAUUAAAUAGAUGAGCAUUAA